AUGCCAAAGCUUCAGUUUCUCACAGCCCAUCUACUCGACGAAGGCAAAAAGCCAUUUCCCGAGAGCGUUCCCAAGAUACUAUACUCGUCUAAAAGUAUCACCGUCAGAUCUGAGAUGCCUCGAAACGGGAGGUUUACGGUCAGGCUUUCGUCAGGUCCGAUCCCAUUUGACAUGGUGGUCAAAGUUUUUCUGGAUGGAUUCUUCUUGACCGGAAGAUGUUUUCUUGCCGGGAAUAUCGAACCUAUUUGUGAUUACGAAAUCAGUAAUGACGACGAUAUUUACGAUCAUCGCCGAGCUCGCGGAUUCCAAUUCCAGUGGCCAUUCUCAAAAGUCAAAGUCACCGUCCACAAAUGCUUUGUCGGAAACCAAAUCCCUUCCAAGCCUUUCGAGAAGUCUCAUCUUCCAAGUUCACCGAGUUCUUUUUGUCCUGGCUUACCGAUCAUCGCAGAUUGGACAGACACUCCGCCGGUCAUUCUGCAUGAAGAACAGGAACCUUCUUUAUCUAUUGUGUGGGAAUGCGCUCGCUUCGAUCAGUAA